AAGUUGAGUGUUGUGCCGUGAGGACGUGCAUUCGCCGCUCUCGCCAGUGAGAUUGCACUCUGUUCUGGUGCAUUUUCACCACUCUGGAUUCUGACUGAUUGCCUCUAUCGAGGGACUUUAGAGUGACUCCUUUUUUUUACUGUGCCAGCACUUGUGAUAGAGAAACUCUGUGUUUCCGUGCAUUUUUCCAUCAUCAUCAGGAGUGAAUGCGUGUUUUCCGUUCGCGCGGCUCAAUCAUUCAAUUCUCAGCGCGGAGUUGCACAGCAUAAACUGCCAUCGAGUGAAACCGCUGGAAAAGGCCCCACUUUCCCUUUGCCGCAGAGUCAGUGUCGACACGAAGGUGAACAGAAAGGAGAAACACCUGACUGUGCGGUCCUUGACUGGUGGUGGAAAUUGGCUGAGAAAUUGCCAUCAUAAUGCAGAAGCUGCGAGAACAAAUGACACUCAUCAUUCCGUAUACUUAAUGCUCUGAGAUCGACGUAUCAAGAAGACUGCGAAGAGACUGAUAUGGCUGUCGAGGAUUGCCAGUGAAACGAAGGAUAAGGAAAGGAUUCAGCGCGCACUAUUCAUUUUCACCCAAUCAUCCGCACAUUGAAUCCCAUCACAAGCAAUGUCUAUCACGGGAUCUCUGGUUGGUUACGAGAAUAACAAUGAGAUUAGUGGCAAGAAGAAUCGCUCACUGCUCAACAUCACAAACACCUCCAAGCAAUGUCCAAGUCUGAACUCUAGCAUAAGCAACAGUGUCGUCACAUCAUCUAGCGCCAGGUAAAUUCCACUUCGCAAGAAACUCUCGUCGAACGGGAGACGCUGCCACUUCAAUUCGCUCUGGUCCAUUUGGUAUGGCGUUCUCAUGACGCUGAUGACGGGAUAUCUCGCUGUUCAGGGUGCUCAUCGAUUUCUAGUUUGUUCACUGUUACAAUGGAAAUUGGAUGCACCAUCCGUCGAAUUAAAUAUACAAAUUAUCCUUUGCGGCUUCGUCUUCCUCCUGCUGCCCAUCUUCUUCGUCACCACAAUCUUCAAGAUCGGAAAUCUCGCCAAUGAUGGCAUCAAGCUGGCGAGCGGAGCAGGAAGGUGCUCCGUGGAGCCACCGGAUGGUCUUGAGGAGGAGGCAAAAGGCGGGACGCUGAGGGCUCUGUGGACUCACGGUGGACCAACUUCGGCAUUUCUGCACGUCGUGGCAGCUCUGGCCCUCCUCGUGCCGCGUCUUCUGCUCGAGGCACGCAUGAUUGAGAACGGAUUAUUGCCAAAAGAUCACAUUUGGCGCACCGAAUUGGACUUUCUCGUGACGCAUCGGGAUCGAUUAGUCAUUCUGUCCUUUAUGACAUCACCGUAUCAGAACAACACCCCGGAUGGCGAGUCAUUAAUCACGGCGGAGUUUCAGGGCUCUGUUCUCGAUGAGACACACUUGAUUGAGAAAUUUGGCACCAUUGACGACGAGGAUGACUUUAUUGACAGCCACGGCGUGAUGACGACGUCGGAAGUGCCAGAGGAACGACUUCCGGCCAGCUCCACGCACCAAACCACCGUGGAAGUGGGCCGCAGAGGUCGCAACAGAGGCGGCCACAGGUCCAGACUUGAGGCAUAUCGCAACAGAAAGCAGAAGGGCAGCAGGAAGGACAACAUCGACGAUGUUGACGUGAAUCUGGAGCUAAAGCCCGAGAAGCCUGUGCCAUUUGAGAGGCUGAACAACUACGAUGGCGGCACGGUGUUCGAGGGCAAGGGCAGAAAGCCACAGCGCAAGGGUGGCAAAGACAGCAAUAUCCAUAUUGUGAAGCCCGAAAAGGUGCCCGAGGGCUACUUGCCAUCCACGCCAAUGACCACCAACUCCAAGAUCAUCGAAAUUAAGGCCAAUUCGAGGAAUGCAUCGAGGAGAGCGAAGCGCAGUGAUGUGGUUAUUCAGCCAUCGCCACUGAUUGGCGCCAUUCCGAUGAACAUCACCCUUUUGGAGGGUGGAAAUGGCUUCAUCGUGGAUUUCCUGCAGAAGCUGUUCGGCGUGUCCGCGGGCAAGGAGAGCUCCGAUCCGCAAAAGUGGAUCUCUCUGCCCAGCCUGGAGUUUCUCAAUCUCGCCAUUGCCAUCAUGAUUUGGUCUGUACGCUAUCCGGCCGUCUUCUGGGGCACCAGCAAGUCCUUCGCCAUGAUCUUCAGCAUUCAGAUGUUGGCGAACGGCGUGACAAUCCUCCUGGACUUCAUUGGAUGCUCUGUGCUGUACAAGCUGGAGAUGCUAGAGCCGCCGCCGCCCCUCAGAUCGCCCGGAUUGCUCCUCAACGCCACCGUGACCGUCUCGCUCUUCAUCCUGUCCACCAUCCUGAUCAUGUCCUCCUCGCUGGUCCUCUACCUCUACGGCCACGGGAAGUUGGCGACGAAGAUGCGCGAGAGGAAGGUGAUCUCGACCAAGAGCGGCGACACUUGGUCUUACUUCGCGCACUGUGCUUCGCUGUGCUACGUCUUGGCGCUGUCCGUGGCCAAGGCGCCAAUCCUCCACGAUCUCAGCACAACGUACAAGGGAAGCCUGGACAGGGCUGUAUUUGUUUCCGCUCUUGGAUCGGUUGUGCAUCUGUUCCUGUGGAUCAUGCUGUGGCUCACGCUGACGGCCAAGCGCCGCUGGGCCUUUAAGCUGCCGCCGCUGGAGCAUGGCGCGGCCAAGGGCGCCGCUGAGCCGUUGCUGCUGGCCGCCCAUCGCGGUGGCAGCGUGAUGGCCGGCGCCCCGGGCCAGAGUCUGCUCGCCAACAGCGGCAGCGCCGCCGAGGAGACCAUCUACUGGCCGAAGCUCACGCCCAGCUCGCCGAAGCUCAAAGUCACCUUCAAUGAAGUUCCGAGUACGUCGCCCGCGCAAAUUGUGGGUGCUGAACACGACGGCAAGCGCAAUAAGGGCCGUGGAGCCGCGCUAUGUGUCGCCCCUCUUGCGGGGGAGGCUGAUGACGGAGAUUACGCCACCUUAAGAGGGCCCACGGGGGACCUUCUGCACCUCAGCGACUUGUCCGCGCACUGCGACAUGACGGAUGACAACACAUCGGAAGAGGGCAAGUUGCUGGAGAGUGUCCGCGAUGAUAGCGUUACCUAUGCUUCCACGAGAGAUCUCGAGCCGCCAAUUGAGCAGAUGGUCAGUCCCUUGGCGCCAGUCACUGUCACGGUGCACACCAACGAAGCACACAUAACAUCGAGCUCAACGCCGCGAUGCUUGCGACGAGCCGACUCUGGCGUGCCCAACGAGGCGCUGACUCCUCGCUCCGACACCACGUCCACUGAGGAGUCUGCGUCUCCGCCGGACAGAGCGCCCUCGGAGACCUCCAGCGGCGUGCACUCCGGCGAGGAGCGCGAGCUGGCGGAGGUGGUGAUCAGGCCGCGUCCCGGCGGCGCUGCGGCCAAGGUGGCGGCCAAGCCCGUGCCGCCGGCCAUCGAGGAGGAGCCCUUCGGCCGCUCCACGAACAUGCGAAUGUCCAGCUUCGCUGCGGACGGCCUGCGCGCCAGCAGCGCCACGCUGCCGCUCACCAGGGCGAUCUCCGAGCCGCCGAUGACUGAGUAUCCGCACUGCAGCACCAUGCCGCUGCCCAUGGGCUGCCACCAGCAAAUCCAGGGCCUGCGCCAGCACAGCAUCACGCCCAACUCGCAGUCCAAGACGCAGCUGCUGCAGCACACGACGCUGCCCAACGGCAUCCGCCAGUUCAGCACGCAGAACCAGUUCCUGCGGCGCCUGCCGCACGUGCGCACGGCCGAGUCGCCGUACGGCAUCCUGGGCCUGGGCAGCGGCCAUCACACCUUCUCGAAGCUCCUGCACGAGCCGCUGGCCGUGAUGCCCAUCCCCGAGGACAGGGACUCCGCCAACUACUCCAUCAUCUCCGAGCAGGACCUCUACAUCACUCACUAGGCGCACGGACGACUCUUUGUACAUAGCGCGCGCGCACUGCCCUCUAUCGACAUGAUUAGUAGCAAAAUACUCUAGACUUUAAGGCGAAAAGCACUUGUAGAAAGAUUAUUGAGAGAAUUUGAGACAAAGACAAUUCUUUGCGGAAACCACAGUGUUGUUCAUAGACUGAAAAAGCGAUUCCGCCAAGGAAGAUGAAAGUUUUUCUUAACUAAUAUGCAUCACAAUUCCUUCUGCUUCUAUUUAUCAAAACAUAAUAUCAAUCGCCCCACCUUGAGAAAGAGAGAAAGAAAGAUAAAAACGGAUAAACUUUGUAAUGCUUUGCAGCUCUGCUUUCUGAAAAUGCCUGAUGUAUAAAAAAAAACAAAAUGGAAUUAAUCGUAGAACUUCAGCACUUUAUACAAAAAUCUUGGAAUAAAUCGCAAAGCCAAAAAGAAUAUCUUGAGAAAACCAUAAGAAAUAUAAUAUAAUGCAUAUUAAAAUAUUCAUAUACACUGUCUAAAAGCAUAAAAACCAUUUACUUUUGAUAGAAAUAUAGAGAAUGCGAAAUGAUGUGUCAUCACAAAACCCAACAAAAAGCUGAAUUUAACCAUCACGCCCAAGAGAACAUAUUUAAUCGUAAACUGUCUUUAUAUCGUAUAUAAAAUGAGAAACGCUGGACCCACUUUAGAGACAUCACUCGAAGCAUAUCCCUGAGGAAUCAUAUCUAAGCUUAUACAGUAUUUAGCAAUUAAACGUGAGCUAUUUAAGAGCCAUUCGCAAGAUGAGGAUUUAUGAGAGGAGAAAAUGAGACAAUUUUUAUACCGCAUUUUGAGCUGCAAUUUCAAUCAAUACAAAAUUGCACGAACUUUUUUAAUGCCAUUUUUCUAAUUAUAGUUGAAAAGCAUUUUUCAUACAAAAUUCUUUUCUACCUUUUUCCACGGAAAAUUUUAAAUGCAAGUUGCUGCAGGUGAAAUAAUUCUAAGGACAAAGAAGCGCAACAAGUAAAUAAUUAAGAGAGAGAGAGAGUGAGAGAAAAAAAUACCAAAAGACAAUAGAAAAAGAAAAUGCAUUUUUUGCAAAAUAUACAGAGAUUUUGCAAUUUUUUUUCACAUUAUUAAGUGUCCUGUAAAUAAUAAUUUGAUAAUUUAACUUACUUAGGAUGUUCUUUGUAAAAUGGUUUUCCUCAACGCAAAUUGACAAGAAAGAAAAAGAAAAAAAGCCCUUCAGAGAAAAAAAAAUCACUGCAAAGACUGAUUAGAAAAUAUUGUUUUUCAUCUCUAUAUUUGUUGUUUUUUUUCUGAUUGUGAGUGUAUUUUUUUCAUGAUCUUGCAAAAGAACAAUAAUUCAGUUGUAAAAAUCUUUUGUAGUGGAAAAAAAAAUUUUGAAUAAAGAACUGCCAAUGAAAGAAACUCAGAAGAUCAGAUUGAAAAAAAAGUGUUAAUUUAUAGGCAUAAAUAUACGAGAAAAAAAUAUCUUAUGUGGAACUCAUAAAGAAAUGUACAGAAUAUACCGUAAAAUAUUAUUAGAUAUUUAAUAACUAUUAUUGAUGAUAUUGAUACAAUAUUGAAUUAUACAAACAAUAAAAAUACCGAGAGUGAAAAUUGAAGGGGAGCGAAAACCAUGUAGUGAAUAUUAGCCGUAUGUGUAAAACCUAAACCCUAUUCUGUAUUAACUAAUUAUCUAAAUGUUUUGUAUAUUUAAAUAAAUUAUUGUAUA